AUGUACAAAAUGUCUAUCCAAAAUCACAUAACUGAGAGCCUACCAGAAACUUCUGCAUAUCAAGCUAAGGACAGGCACGUUACUGAAACGGCCUUGUUUAAACCAAAAGUGGAUUUUUCUGUAGUAAAUUGUGUAUCUGACGCACCAGAUACUCCCACUGUUCACAAUGGAAACCCAAACGUCCACACUUCAAUCCUUCUGGAACCUAGUGAGUACUUCUUUGAUGACGAAUUUUCCGUGCCGUUCGAUGCCAACCUGAGGGACGAUGUUGGUAGCACCCACCGUGGACUUACAGAAGAAAGUGAUGAAGGAAUCUCAUCAUCUGGAGCGACCCACCGCGGUGCCUGUCUUGCUGCUGUCGGGCACUCACGGUCCGAUUCUUGUCUCUUUAAUCCAGUCGACUCUGGUGACAGCGGCCAGAGUGGACUGGGUCCUAACACCAAUGAUCCCCGCAUAGAAUCGCCUGCAGACAAACUAUACCCCAAACCUAGUUCUACCGCAUAUUCCGGGAACAAAAUAUGUCGACCAGAUAGCACGAGUGCUCCAUCUUCGAGCAGGCAUCAUGCUAUAUCUGCGGACCUGUCUGCGAUCCUCUCAGAUACCGGAGAAGCUGACGAGCAGCCUGAAAAUCCCCUCAGCGGUCGUGCAUUCGUUUUCAGCCCCCCAAAUCCAAUGUUUAUUCCCGAUCCAUCUUCAGUUACUAGUAGUUGGAUGCAGGCAGUUAUGGAGGGUUCUUGUAAUCACGAGUUAAAAGAAUUGCUGAAACGUACCGCCGAAGCACUGAACUAUAAGCUGGCAUGGGACGAUGCUCAGGGGGCGCUAGCUGAUGGAAAUGACCAAAACAAUCCACCUUCCACUUCCUGCCUGCAGAGGUCUACGAGUCAAGCCAAACAGAUUCGUUCCGUCGGCGUCGCCACAACUGACAGCAUGUACACUAUGACUCAAGACAACUCUGCUCCUGAUACCACCACUGCGACUACAGUCGGAACUACCACAUGGGCCCGUGUCCGCAGCAGCCGGGAGUCCCUCAAUAGCCGUAAACAAGUGUCAGUCAUGGAUGACGUCGAAGCUAUCGAGUGUUCUAACAAUAGAGAAGCGAACGGCACUGUUACACUGCCCCAAUCUACACUAGCGUGGCGUGCAAUCAAAAUGGCUGCGGGAAACGGGAUGACAACAUGGGGCCAGCUAAAGAGGACUGCUUCUCUGGCUACAAAGCAGGCCACUAAUAAAACAUCCGAUAACAAACGUAACGCACAUGCAUCCCUGAUAUCUGAUUGGAAAGAGCAACCACUAGAAAAGGCCGCAGUGCAUAACAUUUUGCGGUCAAGAUCUCACCGGUCACCAAUUUGCAACAAAGCAAUGCAUCGUUACUCGGGAACGCUUUUGGAAAUAUUUAUGAGGGCGAGGGCUCAGGACACAAUCUCUAGUUCUUCGGUUUCAAGCACGCGGCCUUCUCUACUAAAGCAACUUGGACCGACCAUAGCAAAUAGCUCGUCAAAUCCAAAAAGAACCUUUUCCACAAGGUCCCUACAAGUUAGCGCCUCUUUCACCCAAUCACAGACGGAGGCCAGCGACGAUGGACCUCCUAUAAACUCAACUUCCCCGAAAACCCGUCUAUCUACUAACCGACCCAUUGCCCCAAAUCCGCGUAUCUGGUUUGAUGGGCUUCUCACGACUGACGGAAUUUCCACCUUUUCUACUACUUCCCAAGAAACUGGAUCUGCUGCGGCACACAAACACGGUUUCGCUUUAACUUCCGACAACAUCCCGCCACCAAAACCCUCCGCUCACCCACCGGUCGUACCGUGUCGCCGUUCAAGUAUGCUUCCACAAUUCCCUCCCAGGCGUCUUGCCGUUCGCGACUUACGUAGAGCCGGACAGACAGCUAUGGAUAAUAGUGGCGAUGACGUCGUCCCACCCUUCGCCCUU